AUGGGAGGUUAUUCAAGUAUAACAUAAAUUGACACCUCAAACUCUGGAAAUUAUUAUCCGAUACUUUUUUAUAUCUCAAAUGAUGGCUACUAUGAGUGGGCAAAAUACAUUGAUUCAUUAUAGCUUGGUAUUGAAACAGUCACAUUUACAACUGAUACAAAAACAUCUGUAAACAUUCUUGCCACUCUCUAUGAUUAUACUCUUGAAUAUUACAUCUUUCUAAUUGUUUCCAGCUCAGCUGGGGAGAUUAUUUAGAUGUUUUAUGAAUCUAGUGGGAAGAUUAAUGAUAUUUAUAAUAAUGCAGCUGCUUUAAGUGCUGAUAAUUAAAUAUUCAUUAAUGCUCAUCAAACACUUGAUAAGUUCCUAAUUUUUAGUAUGACUUCUUCAGGAGGUGGCAGGUUUUCACCUUCAUGGAUAUUUACUGAGGCUUCUUCCUUGAGUUCUGAAUAUUCCCAGGGAGUAGAAAGAGCCACAUCUCAGAAUUAUAAUUCAAUUUCAAUUAGGAACUAAGACAUUCAAACAUUUCCGGAUUUUGAUCUCAUUUGUGGUUGUGGCUAAGUAAAAAAUUCGAGAAUCGCACCGAAAAUUUCUUAGAAUUAAAUUUAUUUCGUUAAGAUGAAAGCUGAUAAUAGAAUUGAUGAUUAAAGAAAUAUUGAUCUAAGUGGGUACAAUUCAUGCAAUGAUGUUUCAAUUGAAAGUAGCAGUUCAUUAUAUGUAUUAAUCAACGAUCAGUCUACUUAUCACAUGAAUCUUUACUAUUUUGAUUUUUCAAAUUUGAUCUCUGCAACAAUAAAGUAAUAGACUUUCUGGUUUAAAGAUUUCAGUGAUAUAUAUAGAGGAAAGAUUGAUAACUAUUUUAAUCCUUACUACGUUGGAGAUAUUUUUAACUCACUUAUUUCCUCAGAGUAUUAUCAAGGAUUCCUCACCUCUAUGAAUGUAGAUUAAUCGUGUUCUUCUCUUGAUACUGGACCAACUACUACUACUUUUACAAGUGCUUUCUCAUCUUCCUCAUUUUCACUUGUUACUUUUGAUAUGGAGUCCACUACUUUAACUUUAAAUGAUAGAAGUGAUGUUUAAUUAAAAGAAAUAUUUUUAGAAACAGUAAAACAUGAAAUUGGUGCAUUUUGCAGUGUUAAUUCCAUUUAAACUAUAGAUUUAACAACUACAUAUUCAAUCAAUCACAUCAUUUAAGAUGGUGAUUUUUCUCUAAGUUUCAAGUCACUCUUUGAUGGUGAUCUAAGCUGUAAUGAUAUUUCAAGAAAAUACACCAUCACAUUAAAUGAGAUGAACUAAGUUAAUUUUAUAUUUGAUGAAAUUGAUAAACUUUCUUGCUCUUAAGAUAAACUUGUAAAAUCAGUUAAUUCUGUUUAGGUUAAAGUUGAGAUUCCAAAUGGAUCAACAACGACAUUGUAAAUAGACAUAGAUGUCAUUGAUUGCUCUCUAGAUUAGUAUACUCUUGAAUUCUCUAUAGGCUCAUUGAUUUAUACCAUUAAAGAACAUCCUUAGAUUAUUUCCCUUUCAGAUUUUACUCAGACCUAUUCACAAUGUGCUAAGCCCUUGAUUUAUCUUAGAGAAGAUGAUAAUAUUUUGAAACCAUCAAAUCUAAUUUCACUCACUCAAUCCGAUUUCGUGAUGACAAUUUCUUCGAGUAAUCUUAUAUCAUAUGAUAGUGACUUUAAUGUUUUUACAGUUGAAACAGAUUCAAUCUAAAAUUUAGGGACCUAUGAAAUAACAAUUAAGACUAUUUUAAAUGAUCUAGAUUAAACUUUUUCCGAAAGUUUUAAGUGGAAUUUGAAUGUUAUUAAAGAUUAUUCAUAGGGGUAAAAUUUAUAUUCACCAUAAUUUGAAGAAGAUUUGAAGCCAAUUGAAGUGAGAUUAGGUUAAAGUUAUGUGUAUAAUUUCCCUAAAAUAAUAGAUUUAGAUGGUGAUUCGUUUGAAGUGAAAGUAAAAUAAAAUAUAUUUUAUGAUUUUAUAAGAGUAGAUUCGAGUAAAAUUACAAUUACUCCGGGUGAUAAUGUUGAACCUGGAUUAUAUGUAGUAGAUAUUAAAGUUAUUGAUAAUGGAUAACCUCCACUUGAUAACUCUUAUAAGAUUCAGGUACACAUUUUAGAUGAUGAAGCCAGUGAAGAUCAAGAAGAUAAUGAAAAUUAGGAUGAUGAUUAGAAUGAAUAGGAUAGUGAGACUGAUUAUGAUAAUUAAUAAUAAGAGGAAAUGACAAACUAAUUUAAAAAUCUAUUCUAAGCUUUUGUUGCUAAAUAAAAUAUGAAUGGUGAGAUUUUUAUAAAAAUUAAUGAUCAAUUCAAAUUCAACUAAGAAGCUGGUAGGUUUAUUGACCUUUACAUACUGGCAAGAGAUAAAUUAGUUAUAACCUUUCAAAGCUUAAGAUUUUAAAGAAAUUUGUAAUAAGAAUAAAUUGGCACCACCGAAAGUGAUAGUGACGAUUAAAAUUCAAAUAAUUAGAAAAUAAACAAUACUGAUGAAAAAGCAGAAGAAACUAAUAAGAACAGCGAAGUUUUUAUUCUUGAAUGCAUGCUUCCUAAAUAAGUUUCCAAAGUUCAUUUACCCUUGUUUGACAUUGAUUUCCCAGCAAACGCAUACUAUUUAAUAACCUAUCUAAUUAAUUUGACGAAUGUUAGAAUCCUGCCAGAAAAUUAGAUAUUCAAUUUCAGUGAAAAUCUUAAUAGAUACUAGAAUAACUUUGAGAUAUAAUUAGAUGCAUUCUUCUAACUUUUAGGCUAUGAGACUUUGCUGAUCUUAAUUUAGUUUAAGGAUUUCCUCGUUUUGCUGACAAUUGGUGUAUUCUACAUGAUUAUCAACAAUUUUAAGAAAUUGAACGAAAAAGUAUUUAGUGAGAAAUAUUCAACCCUUUAUGAGAAUAUGAACACUAAGAAAAAACUGUUUGCUUAUUAUUUGCAAAUCUUCUUGAUUAGAAGAAUAAUAUUUGCUCUUUGCAUAAGUUUAUUUGAGAUUAAGAAUGAUUUAGGCUGGGUUUUCUGUGGUCUUAUUAUAUCUAAUAUUCUACUUAAUUUCAUGGUAUUAAUCUUUGUAGUUGGUGCAUAGAUCUAUUAAUAUGCUAAAAGGAAAAUCUUUGAAAUAAAGCGUUAAAGAUUAGAAGUUAUGCUAAAGAAGAAAGUUGUUAGAAUAAUGUGUGAAAAAGCAGCUUAAUAAACUACUAUGAAUACUUAGAUUGAUUUAAGAAUAAAAGAUAGUUAGUUAUAAGACAUCUAUGAAGAUGAUUUUAUGAUACAUAAAGAUAGCUCACAGAAUCAUUAAACUGUAAAUCCUAUAUCCUAAAUUGAAUUCUAUCGACCUGAUUACUCUAUAAGUCAGGGGGAAGAUAAAACAUUUUCUUCAGGCAUGCAUAUAUAAUACUAUGAUUUUGAAAUGAAAGAAGAAUAAAAAAAGGAGGAAAAUCUAGUCAAUAGAAACCAAAUAGAUGAGACUAUCCAUUUGAACUUAUCGAGGCAGGAUUUACUUCCAUUCAUCGCUAGUAGAGCUAAAAAUAUUGUGAAAGUCCAAUCAGCCAGUAAAAGUAAUUCAAAGAGAAAAAAAAACAUUUAAGCGAGCUAUAAUAAGUUUAUUAGUAAAUUCUGA